AUGAAAGGGAAAGCAUUGAUAGCGAUAAGGCUGCAGAAGCCAAGGCAGAGUUUUAACUUUAAACAGAAUCCAUUUGGCAUUAUAAGAGGGAGAAGUGAAGAAUUAAGAAGUGCUUCGCCGAGGGAAAGAAGGUUGGAAAAUAAAAUUUAUUUGAAAAGUGUUACUCCGAAUAUCCCAUUGAUUCACCGCCCUGAAAGCCAGCUUGAAACUAGCCAGAGCUUGCUAAAUGAGUCGUAUCCUGAACUAAAGGAGUAUUCUCAGAAAAGAGCACGACAUACUCCAAAUAAAUUAUCUGAGCCCGUUAAAUUUGAAAAUUUUGUGGAAGAAAACCAGACAAAAUUUGUUGAGUAUUGCUGCAAAAUGGAAACUGGGAAAUUAAGUGAGCUAGAUGUAGAGCUGUUUCCUGAAGAACUAAGAGAGAAAAAUGUGUAUAUCACUGAAUGUAGGCCAACAAGGCUGAUUUCAAGCUCAUUUGCCGGCCAAAUGGCAUAUAAAUUAGAGAAAAAGAAAAAACACAAAAAGCGGAGAGUAAAUACAAGCUUGCUUUCAAGCAUGCUAGAGAGCUUUUAUGAGAAAAAAGCGACAAUUAAUUAUGAAAAUAUAAAAGAGAACAAAUAUAUGCCUUUCAUAAACUCUCAUGAGCCUAGCAUUAACCUUGAUAAAGAUAAAUUUCAUAAGAGAAAAAGUGUUUCUCUUGCAAUAAAUUCGAGCCAAAGACGUGAUAAAAUUAGAAUCCUAACCAGAAGUCUCUUGCCUGACAUGUAAACUUAAUUUAUUAUAAAUAAAAUGGCAUUCGGUUCGAGAGAAAUUAGCUUUGCUAAUUUUCUCUCCCUCAUGGAAUGUUAUUUAUGGGGUUGGGUUUUCUCUCGAGAACUUCUGCACAGCAAUAGCUUUAACUUUGGGGAUAACCAAAGGAACAGCUCCUCAGUGCACUCUCAGCACAUCCCCACGGGAGGAUGACCCUUAGGCGGAACACGCGCAGGAGUUGAGUCGAGGCAAGGGCGACGGCAACGCGCCGGGUGAGAUGUGCGGUGAAGAUGGGCGAAGCGCAGGUGAAGGCUUGGGCGGUGAGCUAACCAUCGCGAUUCCAAGAUGGCCCGGCGACGUCAUCAAUUUUUCGCUAUAACUCCAUUUUUAUGGGGUGCGGCACUAGACACCUUAAAUACCAGAUACUAAGUUAAGUAA